GGGAGGUGGGGGGUCGGUCUGCGCUGCCCGGACAAGACUGUUGUGAAAGUGCCGAGCUGGCGGAAGGAAUGCAGUGACAGGUCCGGACCUGAACUUCCGCAUCGAGCAGGAAGAAGUGAGCAGCUGAGGAACCAGAUGAACGCUCUCAGCAGCCGAAGCUGAUGACGGCUUUCCACCGCUGAGCUGGACCCACACUCCGCAGCGGCUCCCGCGCCCAUGCUCUUCCCAGACGUCUGAGGGCCCAACACAGAUUACCUGCCAAGAUGGACGACAUUGACGCCAUGUUCAGUGACCUGCUGGGGGAGAUGGACCUCCUCACCCAGAGUCUCGAACAGGAAGCCGUCCCCCCUGCGCCCCCGCCCCAAACUGACACACAGGUCGACUUCUCCAUCGGCUUCAACGACAUCAACGCGUCUCUCCACGACCUGGAGGACAAUGACUUGGACGCUCUAAUGGCUGACUUGGUGGCAGACCUCAAUGCCACGGAGGAGAAGCUGGCGGCAGAAAUCGAGGGUUUGAAGGAGAUUCCGCUGCCUGAGCCGCCGCCGCCGCCGCCAGAGUCCAGCCUCGCUUCUCCGGCCAGCAGCAGAGAUGGAGGCAGUGCUGUGACCACCCCGGCCUCCUCCACCUCUCCCCUCCCGCCGCCGCCGCCUCAGUCCACCAAGCCCACAAAAGAGGAGAUGGAGGCGCAGAUGAAAGCAGACAAAAUCAAGCUCGCGCUGGAGAAGCUCAAGGAAGCCAAGGUGAAAAAGCUGGUGGUGAAGGUGCUCAUGAACGAUGGCAGCUCCAAGACUCUGAUGGUGGACGAGAGGCAGACGGUGAGGGAAGUUCUGGACAGCCUGUUUGAGAAAACCCACUGCGACUGCAACGUGGACUGGAGCCUGUGCGAGACCAACGCUGACCUGCAACUGGAGCGCACCUUUGAAGACCACGAGAACCUUGUGGAGCCGCUGCUGGCCUGGAUGAGGGACAGCGAGAACAAAAUCCUCUUCCAGGAGCGGCCGGAGAAAUUCGAGGUUUUCAAAAACCCACAGACCUUCUACCUGUGGAAGAAGGACAAGAAAACGCUCAAAGACAUUAAGGACAUGGACAAAGAGAUAUUAAUAAAGGAAAACUUCUGCGGCUCCUCCAUCAUCGUGCCCGACCUGGAGGGAGUCCUGCACCUCCGAGAGGACGGCAAGAAGUCGUGGAAGCAGCGACUCUUCCAGCUCAGAGCCUCGGGAAUUUACUUUGUCCCCAAAGGGAAGACUAAGUCGUCUCGGGACCUGGUCUGCUUUGCUCAGUUGGACAACUUAAAUGUCUACUACGGCAAAGACUUGAAGAACAAGUACAAAGCUCCGACCGACUUCUGCUUCGUGCUCAAGCACCCUCAGAUCCAGAAGGACUCUCAGUACAUCAAGUACCUGUGCUGUGACGACGCCGCCACCAUGAAUCUGUGGGUGACUGGAAUAAGAAUAGCAAAGUAUGGAGCUUCGCUACACGACAACUACAAGUCAGCCUUGAAGAAAGCCUCGAUCAGCUCCGCCUGGACGAACCGCACCACCACCAAACCUUCACCUACCAUCUCAGCUAAAUCACUGAAUCAGGCCAAUGGUCACAUUCCAGCUCCCCCUCCUCCUCCUCCUCCUCCUCCAGGGGACUUUGGAUCCAUCGCUCCACCUCCUCCUCCCCCACCACCUCCCCCAUGUGGACCUCUUCCUCCACCUCCUCCAGAUCCAUCCUUCCCUCUUCCUCCUCCUCCGCCUCCUUUAAGUGCCAAGAAACCUUCGCCGCCUCUCGGCCCACAUCGACACCUGCCCACCAACUUUCCUCCGCCUCCUCCCGCGAUGUCGAACCUCCCGUGUCCUCCGCCGCCUCCUCCUCUGGAUGACUCUUCAGAGGACCUUCCAGACUUCCUCCCACCGCCUCCUCCUGUUUCUGGUUCCUUCCCGCCUCCUCCACCACCGGUCAAGACGCUCCCACCGGCACCUCCUCGGGCCUCCUUCAGAAGGAAGGAUCAACCUCUGCCACCUCCACCACCAGACCCAGGCUUCCUGCCGCCUCCUCCGCCUCCCUCAGCGUUCCCUGGAGGGGAUGGAUCCCUCCCACCCCCUCCACCACCACCUCCAUCUCAGCCAGGCUUCAUGGGUUCUGGAGGACCUCCACCUCCUCCGCCACCGCCGCCACCUCCUCCUUCGAAUGCCUCAAGACCGUUGCCUAUUCCGAGAGCCAGAGGAUCAGCGAAGAAGCUUCCUCCUCCUCCACCUAAGAGGACUACUCCAUCACUGCAUGGCGGAGAAGGAGGAGGAGGUGGUGAGGACUUCAUGUCAGAACUGAUGCUUGCUAUGAGAAAGAAACGAGGCAAUAAUUAGUCUGAGAACCUUCAUGGCUUUACAUGACACCUUCAUUCUUCACCGACAGCUUCUGAACUUCUGUGUCCGUGGGUGGUCUCUAACAGGAAAUCAAGACAUUCCCAGGGCAGAGAGAGCAUCUGACCACUCUCCACUUCAGCAGCCUCAUGUAUCAAUACUUGCAUAGAUUCCAUACUGAAACUGAACAGGCUCCUUUCUCCAUUAGAAACUCCAAAUAAAUGUUUUGAUUUUUUGGACCGGGUCAUGAAUUUAUUUGCUGAAACAUGAGAUGUUGAGAACUUGACUCUUACUGUCAUUUUGUUAUGACAAUAUUUCUCUCAGAAUUUUUUAUCCUCAUUUAAAUGUACCAAAAAAACACCACAAUAGUGUCCAUUUUAUGCUUCAUUUUGCGUUUCCUUGCUGUGAAGCUUAACCACGUGUGAUCAGGUGAGAUUUCUGCCAUGGAGCACGACCGAAUCCAUCAGUGCUGGGGACAGAAUAAAGAUUAUUGGGGCGCAUUAAGGACCUGUCACGUUCACUCCUUGCUCAUGUCGCUCAGUGUGUAAUAACAUCGAUUAACAUAUGAAAUGACAUGUUGCAUCUCAUCGCACCUGAGUGGAAGGGAAACUGGGGAAAAAUGUUCUAGUUACAAUCUGGAAAAUACAGUACCUGAGGAAACCUGGUUCUUGUAUUAAAGUGUUCAUGUGUCCCUAAUGUGCACAUCGAGGCACCGCCACUAAGCGCCGCUAUUGGACCAACAGCUGCAAAAACAAGCAAAAACUAAACAGCCUCAAGUCAGCGUGAAGCAGCAUGUUUCAUUGACUUGUUCAAGUUUGAUAAAUAUACAGACUUUGCAGUGGAAAAGUGCACACUGUACGCACCUUUGAUAGAUGAGGAUCCUGGCCGUCUUAUUUCUAAGGGAGCCUUCUAGCUCAGCUCAAUUCCUUGAUCCAAGAACACGACACCAGCCGUCAUGUGGAUGUUCCCGCUGACCUGAGACUAACUAACCCUGGAUGUUUACUCAUGUGUGUGUGCUAACUUGGUGGCUGGGAUCUACACUUCUAAGAACUAUAACUGGAUAUUGUGUCUUGUCAACUGGACAUCUCACUCUGGUGAAUAUAUCAUGUGACACCAAACCAAAAAUACAGAUACAGCGCAACAAUAUAUAAUUUAAUGUAUAUAUUGACACAUUUUCAUGUAAAUAGUUCCUGAAAAAUUAAAUAAAACCUGAGCAUAUUUUACUUUUUGGUUCGGUUUUGUAAUUGUUUCACCACAAAAGACGGCCUGUGUAUAAUGUGUAUCGAACAGCACUGUUUUAGUCUUAAAAAAAAAAAAAAGAAAAAAAGGUCAGACACCAAACGUUUGUGAGAUGGUCUUCAGCUUUAAUGACGGCACAAAUUCAGCAAGUUCUCCUGGUUUGGGUGACAG